UUGAAAAAUGGCAAUGUGGGAAGAACCGUUACAAAUGCAUCGCUCACUUAUAUAAGUUGCAGAAAUACUCACAUUUUCCUUCAACAACCAGAAAACAGAGUUCGAGACUUUACCGAGUUCGAGUUCCAUCGAAAAGGUCGGUUUUUAUUUUUAUUUUGCUUUGAUGUAAUUUGGUUGUUUGUAUCACCACUUACUAAUAAGCACAUUCGAUUUUUUCUUCUUCUUCCAAGUAGAAGGAAGAACGAGAUGAACGAUUUGAUGACCAAAUCAUUCAUGGAUUACGUGGAGCUGAAGAAGGAAGCGAUGCAAGAACCCAUGUCGGAUUUGGAGAAAGGGCUAGAGUCGAAGAAGGAGUACCACAACAAGAAAUAUUUCGAAGAAGUGAAGCUGGUCGAGGCAGAAAUAGAAGAACUCAACAUACUCCUCCACGAUUCAAAACUGCUCAUGAUGAAGCUGGACUCGAAAUCCACGACCAACAACAAAAUUAUCACGAUUCUUCGAAAGGCGAAGACCGUCAAGACGAGACUGGAAUGGCUGUAUAAAGCCAACCCUGACCAAGUGUCCAUAACCGGUGGGUUGAGAGCCAGGUUGAGGAGGGUUGUGAAGGAUCUGUGGUCACUCAAAGAUCAAGGAUUCGAGCCCGCGGCGAAUCCGGUUCACGAAGAGUACUGGAAAGCUGAAGAUUUGGAGAAGGGUGAAGAAAGGACGAAGGAGCUGGAAGAGCUGUUCGUGGAGAUGGCGCUCUGGGUAGAAUUGAAUGGGGAGGAAGAGGAAAUCCGCAGCAUUGAAGGAGAAGACUGUGUGGGAAGAACCGAAGGUAGCUUCUGUGGAGAUGGUGUUGGGCUUUACUUAGCUGAGCGAAUGAAGAAGCAGAGGAAGAAUUGGAAGUGCUGGGUUGGGCUUUUGUUGUUGCUGGUUAUAGUUAGCCUACUUGCAAUCCUGGCCCAAUAAGGAAAAGGAACAUAGGACUACGAGGGGGGAUUUUGGUUUGUUGGGUUGGGCUUUUCUUAGCGGAUUGGAAUUGUUGGGUUGGGCUUUUUCUGUUUGCUUGGUAUGGUCAGCCCAAUCAGAAGGGAAAAAAUAUUUUCGUUGUUUUAUUCGCGCGGGAAUUGCUAACAGUCAUCAUCCUAUUCCUACCUACCCGUCCCGGUAAAGUUAAAAAGUAAUUACUGGUCACUGCCGCAGAAAUAAUUACUGGUCAGUGAAAUUAUUAAUCAAGUGGGGCAGCCCAAAGUCGAACAACCCCGUUACUGUCCUUUGUCCUGCAGAAGCACGUGCGUGAUAACAACAUUAUUUAUAUAAUAUUUUUUUAUAUAUAAUUUGUUGGUACAGAAAAGAAAAAGGGCAGGACUCC